UAAACCUCCGACUUCAACUGUAAGUAGUGAGCACUUGUGAUAGUGAGGGCAUAACAAAACCAUCCAAUCCUGUAAAAAUAGAUCAGAGUCACUGUGGUUUAAAUAGACCAUAGAGCCAUCCAGACCUGACACAGAGACAUAGACACCAUUUUUAUCCAAGUGACGAGAGACAUUGAUUUUACAAUUUAUAACAUAUAGUGGAUUACAGAAUGAGUUUACUCUACAAAUAUCAGUAUCGUGGUUGUUUAAGGCCUCUGAACUCAAUAAUGCUUUUGCAAAUUGAAAUACAAUACCAGUUUGUAGCAUGGGAAGAACUAAGCACAUUAGGGAAAACAAAGUAAUGGAGGUGAGGAAAAGUCAGAUUGAGGUUAUUAUUUAAACAAAUUCAAUUUAACUUCUCCAGAAUUUUGAAAUAUCCUUUUUCUUCCACAUCGUAAACUACUUAGAACUACAAACACAUGGCAUGGCCAUAUGAUGAUGAUACUUACCCUUUCUCCUCAUAUUUCAGUGGAACUGUUUGUCUUUGUAAUGAAUCUACAGUAUAAACCACAACCUGGGAUUGUAUUCAUCCCACAAUUGAAGCUUCUUCAGUUUCUCAGCCAAUUAUAGCACUGGGGGUGAGUCAGUUUGGCACGUCACACAGACAAGAAACCGUACGCUGCAGACAGUAAAGGAGCAAGGGAGGAAGAUUUUAUAUAUCUUUCCUUAUCCAGACGAGUGACAUUGGGAAAGGAAUCCAUUUUUUCACGGGUGCCCUGGCCAAGAAGAGGUGGCAUGAUGUCGUCAGACAGGGAUAAAGGGACAGAGUACGACAGCUUCCAGCUCAGGAACCAAUGGGAGAACAGAGCUAAGCAGUUCAGUCAGAAGGGACAACAGGAGAAGGAGAGACAAGGAAAGAGUGCCUUGAAUGGGCUUUACAAAAAGUGGCAGUCUCGCUUGGCGAACGAAAAUGGAACCGCUACAGCAGCGAAGAAGAAAGGAAAGGGCAGCGACAUGUCUGACUUCAGAAAGAUUGCGGUGAUCCCAGACACUGAUGCUGACAUCAAUGGAGCCAGGUUUAAGGUGGUACCACCACCAAAGAUACCCAAACUUGCUCCGCCCCCACCACCGCCACCCAAAAAGAAACCACCCAAGAGGGCAAAGCCCCAAGUUCCCAAACCAGCCAGGGGCUGGGAUGAGUCAUGGAAGAGCCUGAAGCCACCAGAGCAGGAAGUCCAACCUGAUGAAAAAUGGUGGAGGGAUUUUAAGCCAGAUAGAUACCUACCUCUCAGCGAAUGGGCAAGGCCCUUAAAGUGUCGACCACUGUUGUUCAGUUUCAUCCUUCACCAGCAAACAGAGUGGUGGCAACGAGGAUGGCCAGCGUUAAACCGGGAACAAAGCAACAAACUAAUGAAAGCUAAGCCUUUGGAUGUUGAAGUAAACCUUCCAGGGUGGGAGGACUCUUGGAAGAAAUCAAAAUCUUUACCCAAGCAACACACUGAAAACCAGAUGAUUACAGAAACAAUACAGGACAAAGCCUUCUUGCCAGGUUGGACAGAAUCUUGGAAGGUCGCAGGUGAAAAUGUCCAAAACAGUGGCCGUUGUCUGAGGGAUUGGCAUGAGUCCUGGAGUUUGUGCCAAGAACACCACUGGUGCAAGGCCCCUAUAGGCUCCCAGUUAAUGUCAAAACAUGUGUUGUCCGAUGAGUUGUUGAUCUCCCAGCUUGAUGAGGAGAUCCCAUCUUCAUCAGAUUGGAUAGAGUCCUGGAAAUCUGUGAAAUCUCAUCCCCAGUCCCAGGAGUCCCAGUCAGAGGCCAAAGAUACUGAAUCAGAGGUAGAAAUGUCCCAUGUGCCACUGCAUCUCCAGUUCCACAAGCUUAACACACCUUUCUCAAACUGGCACGAGUCUUGGAAAAUGUCAACUGCAAAUAACGAAGCAAUUGAAGGUGGAUGGAAAGGUUCCUGGAAGAUAUGUAGUCAGAAUCAAAAUCAAAAUGACACAAAAGCCCAAAGAGAUGUUGUGUUUUUAUCAAAUAUGUAUAAGACCCAAAGGUUCCGGGGUGUUGACAGCAUGCCUCAGAGUGAAUGGUCUAAAUCCUGGAAGACCCCCAAGCCUCCCCAACAUACUUUCUUGCCAGGUUGGAAAGAAUCUUGGAAACAAAACAGCAAUCCAUAUUGGAAGGAUUGGCGUGAGUCCUGGAGUUUGUGCCAAGAACACCACUGGUGCAAGUCCUCUAUGGACUCCCAGUAUUGCCAUCAUGCUAUGAUGAUGUCAAAACGCAUGCUGUCCAAUGAGCUGUUGAGCUCCAAGCUUGAUGAGGAGAUCCCAUCUUCAUUCGAGUGGAUAGAGUCCUGGAAAUCUGUGAAACCUCAGUCUCAGUCCCAGUCAGAUUCAGAAGAAACUGAAUCAGUGACUGAAUCAGAGGUAGAAAUGUCCCAUGUGCCACUGCAUCUCCAGUUCCACAAGCUUAACACACCUUUCUCAAACUGGCAGGAGUCUUGGAAAGUGUCAACUGCGCAAGCUGUAGCAGGUGAAGAUGAACAACAGCAUCCUUCAACAGAAUGGACUGAUUCCUGGAAGAUAUCUUGGCCGAAUCUAAAUAAAAAUGACUCAAAACCCCAAAGGGAUGUUACGUUUUUCUCAAGGCAUAAGACCGAAAGGUUCUUGAGUGUUGACUGUAUGGUCCAGAAUGAAUGGUCUGAAUGCUGGAAGACCAUCAAGCCUACCCAAUACACUGAGACACGGGAGGAGGAGGAGGAGGAGGAGGAAGAUAGCUAUUCUGAUUCCUCUAAACACUUGUCACAUCUAAUAGAGAUUCCUUUAAAUGAUUGGGCAGAAUCAUGGAGGUUCAAGCCAUUGGAAGAGAGCCCUACCCCACCCAAGAGGGCACAGCCCCUAACCCCGAAACCAGAGGAGGAGAUGCUGCAAUCCAGCACACCAUCACCUCCUCAGCCUUACAAAGACAAUCUUAACCUGGCAAGCUGGGGUGAUUCCUGGAAGAGCCUGAAGCCCCCACAGAAGGAAGUCCCAUCUGAGAAAAAAUGGUGGAGGGCGUUUAAGCAGGACAGAAACCUACCUUUCAACGAAUGGGCAAAGCCCUUCAAGUGUCGACCACUGCUAUUCAGUCGCUUACUACACACACAAACAACAUCCUGGCAGCAGGGAUGGCCAGCGUUCAGCCGGGAACAAAGCAACAAACUACUGAAUGCUAAGCCUUUGGAUGACGAAGUAAACCUUCCGGAGUGGGAGGAUGCUUGGAAGACACUCAAGCCUUUACCCAAGCAGCAAACUGAGAAACAUAUGAUUACAGAAACAAUACAGCACAAAGCCUUCUUGCCAGGUUGGACAGAAUCUUGGAAAGUCGCAGGUGAAAAUGUCCAAAACAACAAUCCAUAUCUGAAGGAUUGGCGUGAGUCCUGGAGUUUCUGUCAUGACCAUCACUCAUACAGGGCCUCUAUAGACUCCCAGAAUCGGCAGUAUCUCCCAGUAUCACUAAAACACAAGCUGUCCAAUGAGCUGUUGAUCUCCCAGCUUGAUGAAAACAUUAAAUCCUCACCAGAAAGGAUAGAGUCCUGGAAAUCGUUACAAAAUCUACCUCAGCCCCAGUCAGAGCCCGAAGAAACUGAAUCAGAGAUAGAUAUGCCCAACGUGCCAAUGCAUCUCCAGUUCCUCAAGAUUAACACACCUUUCUCAAACUGGCGCCAGUCAUGGAAAGUGUCAACUGCAGAAAGUGAAGGUGAAAAACAACAGAGAGAAUGGAAUGGUUCUUGGAAGAUAUCUUGUCCGAAUCGGUCAAAAAACAACACAAAAGCCCAAAAUGAUGUGUUUUUGUCCAAUAAGCAUAAGACUUACAAGUGCCUGGGUGUCGAGCAUGCUGAAGACAGCAUGUCUCAGAAUGAAUGGUUUGAAUCUUGGAAGACACAGCAGCACCAGCAGCAGGUGGUGGACUGGGCAGAGUCUUGGAGGUUAUCUGUCGUCCCAGAAUCCAACAACUCAGUAUCACUGGACCGAUGGAAACAAUCAUGGAGACUCUCAAACCCAAAUCACCCACAUCAGCUUAACCAGGACACAGAGCCUCUCAUACACAUCGGCCCCAAACAUCACAGGCAACUCCACGAGGUUGAACUGCCCCAUGCAGAAUGGAGCAACUCCUGGAAGUACCUCAAGUCAGACACUCUAGCUCCUAACACGAAGAAGAAAACAGACAUACAGUAGAAAAUUAUAUCAUGUACAUCAAAUGUUCAGAAAACCCUAUACUAUUUUAGUUUAAUGUCAAAAUACAUAUUUGUUAAAUGUCUUAUUACUGGACAUUGGAGUGUGACGAGCAUAAUUCUCUGCUGCAGGGAGGAAGUUGGGGUGGAUGAAGUGUAUAACACGUGGUUUGCAUAGCUGUUGGAAACUUUAAACCUAACCUAAUCUUAACCUAAUCUAAUUAUUUAUAUUCUAUUGACUGGAAUGUUGUUGCUUUUCUACUGCUGUUUUUGCUACUUAUAUUGUUGCUGGUUGUCUUUGUGACUAAAUUAAUGCUUGAUUGACAAACACUUUAUCCAUCAGGGAUUAAUCAAGUAUGAAUAUUAGACUAUAUUUAAUUAUCAUAUUAAUUGCUACAGUAACGUCAAUGUUGAAGAUUUCUCUCAAAUUGCCAGAGCGAUCACCAGGGAUAUACCGGGAUCUGAAUUCAGGCGUUUCUAACACAAAAAGCGAAAUUAUCAACAUUCUGUCCAAAAAACAACCAUUUAGACAGGCCCACUGGGCUAAAGAUGGACCAGCUCAUCUGGCAUUUGGGCAAACUUUUGGUGUUCACCUUUUGACAUUUUUCUGCUCCGGGCUAUUAUUACGCAACACAUCUUCAUGUAAAAUGAGAAAACAUUGAACAUGUGUCAUAUGUAGUUACAUGGGAAUACGGGCCAUAAUGACAAAACCAAUAAUCUGCAAUGCAUAAAUAGACCACAGAGACAACCCAGGGGUAUAAUAAAUUGAAUACUGAAUAGUCAGUCCUUAACGUCCACAGGAGGGUAAUAUCAAACAUGUCAAGAUUACCCAAAUCAUGAUAUCAAACGAAAUCAAACCAUCAAUACAGAUCAACUUUAGAGUGCCUUGGAGACUAGACUCUGUGCCAUGGUUCUUAACCUUACCUUGAUGGGCUGGAGUUCAACAAUUUUAUUCUACAAAUGUCAAUGUUGUAUUAUGGUUGUUUAAUUUGCCUCUGAACACAAUAUGGCUUUUGCAAAUUGAAAUAUUGUCACGCCUGCUCCCGCUCCCCCUCCCUGGCGCUCAAGGGCACCAGGCUGCCCAUCAUUACGCACACCUGUCACCAUCGUUACGCACACCUGUCACCAUCGUUACGCGCACCAGCGCUUCAUUGGUCUCACCUGGACUUCAUCCCGUCAUUGGUUACCUCCCCUAUAUCUGUCACUUGCUCAGUUUCAUUCCCGUGUCAUCAUUGAUGUUGUUUUGUUUCUCUCGUCCAGACGCUGUUCUUGCUUUGUUUCAUGUCGAUGUAUUAUUAAAUCCUCACUCUGUACUUGUU